AAAAUGAAACCAAAACCCAUGAGUUUGACUCGCGCUCGUGUGUCUAGGCUAUCUAUCGGUGGCUGGAAUUCAGUGAGUAUUCAGUUUUUCCACACUUUAAAUUGUGUGCUUUUGGCUGACUACAUUAUUUUUUAUUUAUUUUAAAAAGAAUGCUGAGGUAGCCUAAAUCCAAACGAUUGCGCGAAUGGUUUGUGAAAACUCGUUUUCCCAAUUUAUUAGAGUUGAUCUCCUGUGUGUAUACCAAACUUAUUUAAUACUGUAAAGGAAGCUUAACCAUUGACGUGUAAGUGAUAUUAAAAUGUUUAUUUAUUCAAUUGAAUUAGAAAUUGGAUUACACAUAUAGAAAGGAUUACUGUAAAAAAUACAAAUGUAUCUAGAAAUAAACAUGAAAUAAAAUAACAGAAAUAUACGAAUGCUUCAACUUCAAUGCAGCUAUCAGCGCCUGAGGAGCAAUUUUGGGGGAAAUUCCUUGUUCAAGGGCACCCCGGUCGUUUUUCUGCUCGUGUUGUGUUGAAUUUUGACUCCCUGCCAGAUUACAACUACCCGCAUUCUCCACUAUGGGUAGGAUAAGGAUUAGGUGUGGCAUGGCUUAGUUUUGGGGGUGUCAGUAAAUUUACGGUACAGCAUGCUUUCGAAAAUGUUUUCACCCUUUUUGCAUUUCACGUACAUUGACAGUUUAUUACAGUUUUUGUCAGGAAAACUCCAAAAACCACUAGGUGGAGAUGAUAAUCCACUAGGCAGAGUUCAGGUAAUAAUCCAAAACAGUUCAGAUAAUAUAAUGAUCCCCGAGUCCUUCUUGACCACACGGGAAGUACUGGAGAUCGCGUCCACAAGACCGACAGGAAACAUACGCUCGGACGAUGUCCAUAAAUCCGACAGGAGACGUUCACAAGAGUAAUAUUCUAGACCGGCAAGAGUUCCUCUAAAGGCGGAGCGGCACGGCAGACGGAAAAGCCCUUCCACAAGCUAUCCAAACUACCAGCCGGGAAACCAUGGUAGACAUAGCGGGACUUGCGCUGCAGGCAGACAAGAAGUAGACACCGGGUGACAAAAACAUCACUGGAGCCUAGACGAAAAAGGUAAUUAAAGGAAACCCAAGAACCAAGAAUUACUCGACCGGCGAUAUAUAUUCAGCUGCAGAACCGCAGCCGCAGUUUCAGAACCACAGUUUCUAAACCACAGCUACAGAAUGGAAGUGAGGGGCGGAGUUAUUGACAACGAGAUAAGCAUGGCGGUUAGCACAUUUGUUCAAUUAAGCGUUUAUUUGCUCAAUAUUGAAUUUGUGCGUUUGUGGGAUUGUUUUUCUAGAAAUGUAGUGAUAAAAUGGGCCUACGAGUGAAUUGUAAUUGUUAAUUUAAUUAUUCGUUGUAUAACGUUUGAUUGUUUCUUUUAAAACCAUUCUGUUUGCUUUUUUAUACAACCCAGUUAUAUUUCUAUUAAAAUGUCUGUUUUCAUAUACAGGUGCUGGUCAUAUACUUAGAAUGUCAUCAAAAAGUUGAUUUAUUUCACUAAUUCCAUUCAAAAAGUGAAACUUGUAUAUUAUAUUCAUUCAUUACACACAGCCUGAUAUAUUUCAAGUGUUUAUUUCUUUUAAUUUGAUGAUUAUAACUGACAACUAAUGAAAAUCCCAAAUUCAGUAUCUCAGAAAAUUAGAAUAUUACUUACGACCAAUACAAAGAAAGGAUUUUUAGAAAUCUUGGCCAACUGAAAAGUAUGAACAUGAAGAGUAUGAGCAUGUACAGCACUCAAUACUUAGUUGGGGCUCCUUUUGCCUGAAUUACUGCAGCAAUGUGGCGUGGCAUGGAGUCGAUCAGUCUGUGGCACUGCUCAGGUGUUAUGAGAGCCCAGGUUGCUCUGAUAGUGGCCUUCAGCUCUUCUGCAUUGUUGGGUCUGGCAUAUCGCAUCUUCCUCUUCACAAUACCCCAUAGAUUUUCUAUGGGGUUAAGGUCAGGCGAGUUUGCUGGCCAAUUAAGAACAGGGAUACCAUGGUCCUUAAACCAGGUACUGGUAGCUUUGGCACUGUGUGCAGGUGCCAAGUCCUGUUGGAAAAUGAAAUCUGCAUCUCCAUAAAGUUGGUAAGCUGUAAGCUGAGUAGUGGAAAUGCGCCAUUAAUAUGUUGCCUUUAAUCAUUUUACCUACUUUUUAAUUAAUUUUAUGUAUGCGUAGACUAACUUGUUUGUCAUAUUUUGCAGAAGCAGCAUAAAAUUCAAACAUGUCUUCACAACGUUCUUCAAAGCGAGGUAAUAUGAGUUGUGGUCUGGACCAACACUAUGAAGACAAGGUGCGUCCUCGCAUUGACCUUGUUGACAGUCUCAGGGCACUUGGUGUUGAGAAAGACCUGAACCUGCCAGCUAUUGCUGUUAUCGGUGAUCAGAGCUCAGGAAAGAGUUCUGUAUUGGAGGCGCUGUCUGGGGUGGCAUUGCCCAGAGGAACAGGUAUUGUCACUCGAUGUCCCCUUGUCCUCAAACUGAAGAAAGUUAGAGAUGAAGACACCUGGCUUGGAUGGUUGUCAUUUAAGGACCAACACAUGGAACUAGAAAGUCCAGCAGAAAUAGAGAAUGCUAUCUUAGAUGCUCAGAUGGCAUUGGCAGGACAAGAAGGAAUCAGUCAUGAGAUGAUCACUUUAGAGAUCCGGUCCAAUGAUGUUCCUGAUCUUACUCUCAUUGACCUGCCAGGCAUUGCUAGGGUUGCCACUGGCAACCAGCCAAAAGACAUCAUGAAACAGAUUAAAGAUCUAAUUGAAAAGUUUAUUAAAAAACAAGAGACCAUCAGCUUGGUGGUUGUGCCGGCAAACAUUGAUAUUGCCACCACUGAAGCACUACAGAUGGCGUCAAAUGUGGAUCCAGAUGGGUACAGGACACUGGGUAUUCUGACUAAACCAGAUUUGGUGGACAAAGGCAUGGAGGAGACAGUAGUCAAAACAGUUAACAAUCUUGUGAUACCAAUAAAGAAGGGCUACAUGAUUGUUAAGUGCCGGGGCCAGCAAGAUAUCAAUGACAAGCUUACUCUGGCCGAAGCCUUGGAUCAAGAAAGAAUGUUUUUUGAUGAAAGUGCUCAUUUUAGGCCUCUUCUGGAGGACGGUAAAGCUACAAUACCCCUUCUGGCAAAAAAACUCACUAAUGAAUUGGUUAUACACAUUACCAAUUCACUGCCACAGUUACAGGAAGAACUUGAGAUGAAACUAGCAAAGACCACUGAGGAUCUCAAAUUGCUGGGAGAUGAAGUUCCUCUUGAUCGACAUGAAAAGAACAAUUUUCUGAUUAAGAAAAUUCACCAGUACAAUGAUGUACUUGAAAGUGUAAAAAGAGCAGAAGACGACCUAAAAAUCUCAGGCAAGAGGGUCUACACAAAAAUCAGGAAGGAAUGCGAUACAUGGAAAUGGCUCCUGGAUGACAAAACCGCUAAGACGUCUCUAGCGGAGAAAAAACUUAGGCAUGAAGCUGUAGAUGACAUAAGAGCUCAGAGAGGAAAGGAGCUUCCUGGAGUUGUUAACAACACGACAUUUGAAAGCCUUGUCAGGAAACAUGUUGAUGAGCUAGAGGAACCUGCUUUAAAGCUCCUCAAAGAUGUCAGAGAUAUUGUUCACUCUUGCGUGAACACUAUUGUUAACCGACACUUUCAGAGGUUUCCUCGACUUUUAAGGGAAGCUGAAUAUCCAAUUGAAGAUUUUCUGAAAGAAGAAUUUCAGAAAGCGGAGGAGAAAGUGCAGUCUCAGUUUAGGAUGGAGAAGAUCGUCUACUGUCAAGACUCUCUUCACAUUCGCCAGCAAGGUGCUGUACAACAGCAUUCAAGUGUAGCGCAAAUCAGCGAUGUACGAGACAUGGCGAGGCAUCUCAAUGCCUAUUUAACGAUCACCUCUGAUCGUCUGGCUAAUCAAGUUCCGCUGAUAGUUCUGUACCAUGUGGAUCAGUACAUAUCUCAACUCCAGAAUGCAAUGUAUGCCAUUAUUGGAAGAUGCGAUGUAGAAGAUCUGCUCGGAGAAGAUGCUAAGGUUGCUCGUAAAAGAAAAGAGCUGAAAGAGCGUUUGGAGCGCCUGAAGAAUGCGGGCAAACUUCUGUCCAAGUUUUUGCGCUCUGAAGUUUGAGCACUGUUUUUUAAUAUACCAUUUACAGAAGCUUCAGAGUCUAGGCUAUUAGUAUACGUUAUUUCUGUUCUUUUUAAUUCAUAUAUUUUACAUUUCAUAUUAUUGCUGUGUUCCACUGUAGCCAUGUUUAGUUCAUUUGCAACAUUUUAAAGUCACAUUAUUUUGAUUUACAAUGGUUUAUUCCAUGCAGCUGUUCUGUUAAGAAGUUUUCCCUUACAGAAAAGACACAUGAAUUUCACAUGUUUUUCGCAUGUGAUCACAUGUAUACAACAUGUGUUUAACAUGUGCAAAAAACACGUGUGAUCACAUGUGAAAUGUGUGUU